AUGAGUUGCCGUUGCACGGUGCAGCGGCUUGCAUCACGAACGCCGCGGCGUCCACGGUUGUCAUGGCUGGCCCCUGCAUUGGCACCGCACCAGCAACUUGACGCUGGCAUCGCCGCUCGUCAUCAGGCGGACCGAAAAAAUCUCAAGAAGUCUAAACGCCCAUUCGCCAACUACUUCCGCAACGAAUACCGCAGCUCUCCCUCUUACUCUCCUCCGGUUACACGGACGGACGGCAAGAUAUCAUCGUACGACGUUGUGCGACUCAUGACCGACGGGCGGUGCACGUGGACCCCGUUUUGGGGACGUGCCACUGGAGGCGUGAGGACACGCCGAAAACGUCAAGAUGUGUUGGAGCCACCGGCGCCGCAGUUUGGGGAUGAUGGCCUCGACCGCACAAUUGAGCGCCUCUUAGAAAUUCGCUUUCAGUGGGAUCUCGGGGAUGACAUUUUGGCCUCGAGCCUUGUGACACCGAGCCUCCGCGCUAUGACGGAACACUGUCUUCCAUUUGCGCCCUGCAUGGGGUCUUUGCUACCGUCGCAGGAACGAAAACAAGAAGGGUUGCGUGGAUGCGUGGAGUUGGACGGUGAGCAAAUCCCGCUUUAUGUUUUUCGGGGACGUGGGCGGCGGAAGGGGACAGCGGUGCCGAAAGUGAAUUUGGGUUUUAAUGGAGUGGACACUGUUCCCUCCGUCGUGCUUGAUGCCACACGCGGUCCACUCGUGUCAUCACCCACGGAGACGUCACUUGGCGUACGUUGGAAGGCAACGAAUCGAGAGGCCACAAGUGUCAGUGAGGUGCUACGACUGCUUCAAAGCGUCGGGCGCGUGUCUGUCAUUGGGAUCCCACAGCGUUCUUUACUGUUGCUCGCCAAAGCACUCGCCACGGCAGAGGUUGAGGACCCGGCGGUCAGCAUCUCUCUUGCAAUUGCGGCGGCGGAGCACUACCAUGAUUACAGCCACACAGAGUGCCUUGAGAUGCUGCGUUGCCUACGACGUAUCGCCUAUGUGAGAGGAUUGGCACGGUUACCGGAGAGUUCCACAUCGGCACUUUCACUCUACCGCGACGUUAAACAAUCUCAGAUGUUCUUUGCGGAAUACAUAGGCGAUGCUGCACCUUUUUUGGUUGAGAAGGUGUGGUCACGGCUUCCUGAACAUGUGCGACGGCUAACAAGACGGAAGCUGUUUCUUGACCUCACCGAUCUUCUCUCACUUGCCGUGGAGCUCCACGGAUGGAGGAUCCCAUACAAUUUGCCGAAUCCCGUUAGCUCCGCCAUGUACGCCUCGAAGUACCUCUUUCUACGCUACACGUUGAUGCUGGAUGAGCCCAUGUUGGUGGAGUACGCGAAAUGCAUGUCUGGGGCAACAAGCUUUGAUGCAUUGUUAUCAUCAUCAUCAUCAUCAUCAUCAUCAACACUGAAAGAUUUGAAGGGAAGUGAAUUAGGCGCAGCGGCAUCGGAGGUGGUGUUGUCACCAUCUUUGCUGGAUAAAAGAAAAAAAAACAUAGAAGAAGAUGAGGAGGAGGAUGCAUGCACGAAGCCUCUUGUUCUGUGGCUCUGUGUAUCCCUUCUCGUCCGUCUCACCGCAGAGGCCCUUGGAGACGUGCUGCGCCACGUGGAGGCCUCUAUGAGACAACAUGUGCAAUUGGCGAGGGAAUACGAGAUGGCUGCAGGGCAAGGUGAAUCCAGAGUGCGACGGUUGAAGGCAGAGACGGACCUUCAACUCUAUCUUGACCGCAUCGCCCUCUAUCGGCCUCGCCAGCGCGUGUAUCAAUGCAUUGGUCGCCGACAACCGAGGAAGAUGCGUCUUCGACUGAUUCCCCUUGAGGCCUUCCCUGAGAUCUUCCGUCAUACUCGACUGCCGUUUGAAGCAGAGACGCGGCAGGCGCAUAUUUCCAUCGCUAGGCAGCGUGCCGCUGCGCAGGUUGACUCGCCCCUUGUUGCCGUUUUGGCUCGUUCUGCACUGGCUGAGAAGCACAUUCAGCGAGCCUGCGGUGCUUUGGAUUGGGCGGCGAUGAUUUUGACGCAAUGCACUUGCAUCGUCAGGCGAUUCGCCACUCCAGUCAAGUGGGCGCAGCAAGUAGAUGCAUCUGCUCAGCCACCCACACCACCACCAUUAUCACCUCCCGUAUCUCAUUCUGAGGCUGUGGACAGUCGCUUCGUAUUGUGCGAGGCACAUGUACGUUCGCGUGUGCAACGCGACAUGGACUGCCUCUUUACCCAUAUUCCUUGGCAGGGCUUAGAGGAGCAGCUGCAAACAUUUUCAGAAGAGGAGCGACAAGCCCCCACGGCGGCAAAACAGAUGGUGACGGAAGAGGUGGCUGGAAUGCCGGAUGCAUACUUUUUGGAUGAUCUUUUAAACCUCUCGAAAGGGGAUGGCACGGACUGCGGUACCGCCACUGGGGAGCCUGGGGUGUCUAAGGGUCAGGCAACGGCUUCCACGAGCGCGGAACGGGAAGUUCAAAUGAUGCUGGGGCGUUUGCAGGAGAGCGUUGAGAGAUUUCAAGUUGCUGUUGCAGACUUGAUUGACGCUCAAGAGGAGUACUUUUUGAUGUCGUAG